GUGUGUCAGCAGCCUUAUCACUCUCUGUGACCCGCAGGCUGACGCGGAUUAAUCGGUGUGUGUGUGUGUGUGUUAUCGGCAGCAGCAGCCAUGUCUCACGGAUGGGGAUACGGAGCGAAUAACGGGCCUGAAAAAUGGGGUGAAGAUUUCCCCGUGGCUAACGGGCCCAGACAGUCUCCCAUCAACAUCGUCCCUAAGGAGGCCCAGUACGACUCCACUCUGAAGUCUCUGAAACUCAAGUAUGACCCCUCCAACACCAAGGGCAUUCUCAACAACGGACACUCCUUCCAGGUGGACUACGAGGACGACGCCAACAGUUCCAUCCUGACUGGAGGUCCUAUUUCUGGAACGUACCGUUUGAAGCAGUUUCAUUUCCACUGGGGAGCGAGUGAUGGCAAAGGCUCCGAACACACCGUCAACGGCAUCAAGUUCCCCUGUGAGCUUCACCUGGUGCACUGGAACACGAAGUACCCCAGCUUUGGAGAGGCAGCCAGCCAGCCUGAUGGCCUUGCAGUGGUGGGGGUCUUCCUCAAGAUCGGUGCCGCCAACCCCCGGCUUCAGAAGGUUCUGGAUGCCUUUGACAGCAUUAAGACCAAGGGGAAGCAGACCGUCUUUGCUAACUUCGACCCAAAGACCCUCCUGCCUGGUUCUCUGGACUUCUGGACCUAUGACGGCUCUCUGACCACGCCCCCUCUGUUGGAGAGCGUCAGCUGGAUCGUCCUCAAGGAGCCAAUCAGUGUCAGCCCCGUACAGAUGGCCAGGUUCCGCGGCCUCCUCUUCACCGGAGAAGGAGAGGCUCCAUGCUGCAUGGUGGACAACUACCGCCCCCCCCAGCCUCUGAAGGGCCGUCAGGUCCGCGCCUCCUUCAAAUAAGCUUCAUCUUCACUGCUUCCUCCUUCCCUCCUUACACAAACCUUCAUUCUCCUAUUAUAUCCACAUGCAGUCAGCUUAUACUAGCCUUAAGGAAAUGAACUUGAAGUAGAUCUGCUUAAAGUUUCUAUAAUAUAGACUUACUGGAUGUAUCUUGAACAAAAUAACUGAUUUUUGAGCUUUGACACUAUGAAGACACAAGACAUAUUUACGCUUAUCAUAUCAAAAGUCCAGAUGAUAUUUAAGAUAUUUUUAUUUACAUUGAGCCACGGAUAUGCUCCCUAGACAGACCAUAGAUUUUUUAUGGAAAUCAAACAGUAAAAGGCUAUUUUCACAGAGAUCCUCCUGGCAUUACUCAUUGUGAGUAGUAGGGGUGGAUGCAUGAAGUGUAAAUUGGGUCAUACGUUGUGCCCUCAUGGAAUAUUAAAUACAUAUUGUCCCCUUGGUCAGACACUGCCUUAAUACAGACAAAGGUGGCCUAAUAUUUUAAGUCUUUAUAGGCUAACAGAGGGACCCGAGAUCUCCUGAAAUUGUCACAAAGAGAGACAGGAUUUCUGGCUCCUAAUCUCAUAAUUAAUUAUAAUUAAUUAAUAUUGAUGUGUGCCAAUAUAAUAUGCUUUUUCUUUCACUAAAUAUACUCAAAAUAGAAGCCAAUAUAUUCUAAAACUUAAUUAAUACAAUUAAAAAAAAAAAAAAUGUAUAUUAUUUUUUGUUAGCAGCAUUGCACUGAAGGAAAAAGAUAUACA